CGUCAACUGAGAGAACCGAUACAACUCAUUAUUACUUCCUUCACAUUCACUGUAAUCAAAGUAAAUAAGCCAGUCCUCUUAUUUUCUAAAACCCAAAAACAUAAACCCUACUUUAUUCUGGCUUUUGAGCUGCUGAAUAACCACCAACUACUCUGAAACCAAGUCCAUCGGGUUGACGCCGACUUGCUGACGCACUUGAUAUACUCCUUCGCGCAGCAAUGGCCCCAUCAGACUUCCCGGUCGUCCUGUAUCACUAUACGUUUUCGCCGUAUGCAAGGCGUAUAGUCUGGUAUCUCACCCUACGCGGCAUCCCGUACAUCCAAUGCCUCCAACCUCUCAUCAUGCCACGUCCCGACGUGACCCAGCUCGGCAUAGCCUACCGCCGAAUUCCACUCCUCUCCAUCGGCCGUGACGUCUACCUGGACACACGCCUGAUCCUGCAAACCUUAGAAGAACUAUUUCCCGCCAGCGCAGCUCACCCCUCGCUGUCCGCCUCAACCAGCGACCAGAAGGCGAUGGAGCGCCUGCUCUCACACUUCAUCAUAGACGGGGGCAUCUUCAUGCGGGGCUCUCAGCUCCUGCCGCCCGACUUGCCUGCGCUGAAAGACCCGAAAUUCCUCAAAGAUCGUGCUGAACUCUUUGGGGCGCCGGCGGGCAGCCCGCCCAUGACUCCGGAAGCCAUGCUAGCAAGCCGAUCCGAGGCCAUCAGCGAGAUCCAGAACGCGAUGGAGUUGCUGGAGACGACGUUGUUGGCUGACGGGAGAGAUUGGCUGUUGAAGACGGAAGGGCCCAAGCUGGCCGACAUCGAAGCUGUGUGGGUCUUCCACUGGCUGAAAGCCAUGCCGGGGGCUUUAACCGCGGAAAUUGUGAGUGCAAAGCAGUUUCCGAAAGUGUAUGCGUGGAUUGAGAGAUUUUCGGCUGCUUCUGAGGUCAGGGAAAGGGUCCUGGGCAGGCCUAAGACGAUCAAAGGCGAUGAGGCGGCAGAGCUGAUAUUGAAUUCGGCCUUUGCGGCGGAUGAGGGUGAGGUCGAUGGCGGCGAUGCUGUGGUAGUGUCCGAAGGGUUGAAGAAGGGCGAUGUGGUAAGGUUGGGGCCAACAGAUACUGGCGUCGCGCACAAAGAGUUGGGGAAGUUGCUUUCUCUAACCUCCAAAGAAGUCGUGAUAGAAACUCGGACCAAGUCUGGUACCGUCCGCGUACAUGCGCCAAGGCAUGGUUUCAGAGUGAAGAAAGCUGAGGGCAACCUGAAGCUGUAGUAUUGUGGAAUAGGCUUGGAACCUUCAGAGGCCUAUGCAGGAAUACAUCUACCCAUCGCGAGGAAGGGGAUGGCGAAUAUCAUCGAGUGCACCACAACAAUUGCCACCUAGGAGAAAAGAAAGAUGAAGGUCUCAUCAACGUAGAGUGACCAUGGCAUCUGGACUCGUACUCGUGAUGUUACCGCAGGACGUAGAGAGCAUUUUCGGGUGUCUAUUUCUAUGUUGACGUUAAGAAGUUUUCUCCAAGCCAGUACGCCCGCAGAAUCAUGGCAGACUUGGAAGUAAAGCAC